UAGCUCAGCUUGGUUCCUUCUCCAGUAACUUUCCUCCCAAAAAACAAAGGAAAAAAAAAAUGGAGAAACCCGUUGUCCGACAGUGGAGGCCGGAACCAGUUCCGGUGCCAUUCAGGCCACCGGAGACGCCACUUGAACCAAUGGAAUUCUUGUCACGUUCAUGGAGUGUUUCAGCUUUAGAGGUUUCAAGAGCUUUAGCUCCUCCCUCUUCACAAGCUGCUGCUUCUCAUCAAAUGUCUGGUUCUUCGAGUGGUAACGUUGUUAUACAAGAAGACGUGGCGGGUGAGCUUGAAGAUAGUGGCAUAGUUUCAGGCAACCCUUUCUCUUUUGCUUCUUCUGAAACUUCCCAGAUGGUCAUGGAAAGAAUCUUGUCACAGUCGCAAGAUCUAUCUCCAAGAACUUCAGGGAGGCUAUCUCAUAGCAGUGGACCAUUAACGGGAGCCCAAAGUUGUGGUUCCUUGACAGAUAGUCCUCCAGUUUCACCUUCAGAAAUUGAUGAUGUCAAGCAAUUUUGCCGCGCCACUAAUUCCCUCAACUCGCAGUUCCGUACAACAUCGGCAGUUGCGGCGGCUACCCCCGCUGCAACUUCCGUGACAGGUGGUGGAAAGACGGUGGGACGAUGGCUGAAGGAUAGGAAGGAGAAGAAAAAGGAAGAAACACGGGCACAUAAUGCUCAGCUACAUGCUGCCAUAUCUGUUGCCGGGGUUGCGGCAGCCAUGGCAGCCAUCGCAGCGGCGACUGCUGCCUCCUCGAGUGCUGGGAAGGAUGAGCUGAGGGCAAAGACGGAUAUGGCAGUUGCAUCAGCUGCCACCCUUGUUGCUGCUCAAUGUGUGGAGGCGGCAGAAGCCAUGGGGGCUGAGCGCGAGCAUUUGACCUCUGUGAUCAGCUCCGCUGUCAAUGUCCGGUCUGCCGGAGAUAUCAUGACCUUAACUGCUGGGGCGGCAACAGCCUUAAGAGGGGCGGCCACGCUGAAGGCAAGGGCGCUGAAGGAGGUAUGGAACAUAGCAGCUGUUAUUCCUGUGGAUAAAGGUGGCGGCAAUGGGAGCAAUGGUAGCUCUAAUGGCAGCUUUAGUGGGGAGCUUGUUCCUGAAGAGAAUUUCUUGGGAAUAUGCAGCAGGGAAUUGCUUGCUAGAGGCUGUGAGCUUCUCAAGCGCACACGAAAAGGUGAUCUUCAUUCGAAGGUUGUCUCUGUUUAUAUAAACAGAAUGAACCAGGUUAUGUUGAAGAUGAAGAGCAGACAUGUUGCUGGGACCAUCACAAAAAAGAAAAAGAAUGUUGUGUUGGAGGUGAUUAAAGAUAUGCCUGCAUGGCCCGGCCGCCACUUGCUUGAGGGUGGAGAGAACCGGAGAUACUUUGGGUUGAAGACAGUGAUGCGCGGCCUCGUAGAGUUCGAGUGCAAGAACCAGAGAGAGUAUGAUAUUUGGACUCAAGGUGUGUCGAGACUCCUCUCCGUUGCUGGGGAGAAGAGCAACAGAAAUAGAAUUUGAAGCUUUAACAUGAGGGGAGAAACCUGACAAAAAAGGGGUAUACAAAUUGGGGGAAAUAGGAUCAAAUGCCUCUAUGAACAAUACAUAUAAAAUCUUUGGGUGUUUCUACUGUAAAAAAGUUGAAAUUAAGAAAAAGUUAUCCAAUGGGUUUGUGGGGCUUUUGUUCUUUUAUUUUUGAACUGGAAAGACUAAAGUGUUUUGAAAGAAAGUACCCAAACCAUCAUGUGAUACAAGUUCCUUGUUCUUUCACUGUUCAGGAAAGAAAAUAUUGUGGUAUCUUGGACUGGGGAUGGUCAAAAGUGAAGAAAGGAAUCCCAUUUUGAUAAAGGAAUGAAAUGGGAUAUGAUAAAGAUUCUAUGUGCUUUAUAAUAUAUUCAUGUGAGCUAAGCUUUUUGUUUUGUUUUAUUUUAUUUUAUUUUUUUAAAUUUCCCUUUGGCUCUUAGUCUUAGGUGUUAUAUAUAUGGUGGGACUAUGAUUGUCUUGAUUUGUAAUAUUUCAUUUUAAUAUAUGAUAAUUUGG